CGGGUUGGGAUCGAGUCUUUCGGGUUCGUCUCCCUGCUCUUCCUCUGCCUGCGAUAUCGCACAGAAAAGGCAGCUAAUGGCGUCGGAGGAGAUUGCUUCCAGCAUCUACGACGAGGCUAACAGCUACAAGAUGUCACGCCUCCGCAUCGAGUCCGAGGGCGACGACGCCGACGUGGAGCCCUCUUCCGAGGACGAGGGCUCCAAGGGAGGAGCGCGGGGUGGCGGCGGCCGCGUGAUAUUGGACGACGACUCCUUUUCUGGAGGGGGAGGGAUCUCGUCCAUGCCCGGGACGCCCGACCGCGUCCUCGCCGCGCAGGAAUGGACCAAGGAGUACGCGAGCGAGACAGAGGCGGCGCGAGGCAGGGGAGCGCGGAGGAGGCCGCACCUUCACGGGCGCAUCCGCAGGGAUCGGUGGCUGGAGCAGGUAUGGCAGAGGAGGAAGAGCCACGCUGCGGAGGAGGAUUACGGUUCCUCGGCGGGAGCGGAGUGUCGGGUCUUGGUCCGGCCGCUCUGCGGCUCCGGCCGGAUGUCCAUGGACAUGGAGGAGGUCCGAGCCUGCCGCGACCUCGGAAUCGGCCUGUCCAACGAUUGGACGGUGGAGAUCCCCGAAACCUUCUCCGAUCUCACCGCUGACACCAGCAGCGGCGGCAACUCCCCCGUCAACUGGAUCUCCAGUCCAGGCGAUAACCCCAAGGACGUGAAGGCAAGGAUCAGGGCUUGGGCUCAAGCAGUGGCGCUCACUUCUACGUCUCGUUUCAAUAGCUGAACAACCUGAACUGAACUGCCAUGAACGCUCACUGAGUCAUUCAUCAUAUCGCAUCCUUUUCACGUUUGUUUGAUAUAUGCAUUAUUCCUUUUUUCUGGCUGUUUGAUAGGAUUCUUCAUCUUCCAUAGAUUUCAUGUAUCCCUCGGUGGAGGGCUCCAUUGAUCUCAAUUUUAUACUGUGUUGUUUGUUGGGUCUGAGGGAGGAGCCCCUUCUGUUCCCUGUACAUAUUGCAUUAAUUGGGUUGUGAAGAAACAUUUUUAGCAGCCAUUGUUCUCGGUAAAUAAGGGAAAUUUAGAGCACCAAAAUCCAGGGAAAUCUUGCAUUUGUGGCACAGCAUUCAUAAAACUAUAGGAGUGAAAGGAAAUACCAAACUAGAGAUCAAGAGGAUAUCUAGUUUAUUCAGCUAAAUGAAGGGCUGGUUUGUUUGUGCAUGAAUUGUAAUAUUAUCUGAAUGAAUAAAAGAACAGAACUAUCGUACAUUGAUAGUUCAGCU